CAUGUCCCGUGCGCCAUUUUGGAAAGGGGGGAGCUGAGGAAAAAAAAUCUCGGAUAAUUUGUGUGCUCUUGACAGAUCCCCGAGCCCCGGCGUUUCGCAGCGAUCGUGAAUGUUCACCGCGAUAUCCGAGCGAGCCGCGCGCGUCGUUUUGGCCAUCAGACGCGGAAAUUGCUGCUAAAUGAAGCAAUGGCGGGGGUUGCAGGAGGAAAUGAUUUUCAGUGGUGUUUCUCCCAAGUGAAAGGAGCGAUAGAUGAAGAUGUUGCGGAAGCCGACAUAAUCUCCACGGUUGAAUUCAACUAUUCCGGAGAGCUGCUGGCUACAGGAGACAAGGGUGGCAGAGUAGUGAUAUUUCAACACGAGCAGGAGUCUAAAAAUCGCCCACACCUGCGUGGCGAGUACAACGUUUAUAGCACUUUUCAGAGUCACGAGCCUGAAUUUGACUACUUGAAAAGUUUAGAAAUUGAAGAGAAAAUCAAUAAAAUUAGAUGGUUACCACAACAGAACGCUGCUCACUUUCUACUAUCGACAAACGAUAAAACUAUCAAAUUGUGGAAAAUAAGUGAACGGGACAAACGGGCAGAAGGCUACAACUUGAAAUAUGAAGACGGCCGACUCAUAGACCCAUUUAGAAUCACCUCUUUACGGGUACCGGUGCUAAUGCCAAUGGAUCUCAUGGUAGAAGCCAGCCCGAGGAGGAUUUUUGCAAAUGCACACACCUAUCACAUUAAUUCCAUUUCUGUAAAUAGUGACCAUGAAACGUACCUCUCUGCAGAUGACCUAAGAAUAAAUUUAUGGCACUUGGAAAUAACAGACAGAAGUUUUAAUAUUGUAGACAUUAAGCCCGCCAAUAUGGAGGAACUGACGGAGGUCAUCACGGCGGCAGAAUGCCAUCCCCACCAAUGCAAUGUAUUUGUGUACAGCAGUAGCAAAGGCACCAUCCGCCUCUGUGACAUGCGAGCGGCGGCGCUCUGCGACCGGCAUUCAAAGUUCUUCGAGGAGCCCGAGGAUCCGAGCAGCCGCUCCUUCUUCUCCGAGAUCAUCUCAUCCAUCUCAGAUGUGAAGUUCAGUCACAGCGGGCGCUACAUGAUGACACGUGACUACCUCUCUGUCAAAGUUUGGGACCUCAACAUGGAGAACCGGCCAGUAGAGACGUAUCAGGUCCAUGAAUACCUUCGCAGCAAACUGUGCUCACUGUAUGAAAACGACUGCAUCUUUGACAAGUUUGAGUGCUGCUGGAAUGGCAGCGACAGUGCCAUCAUGACAGGCUCCUACAACAACUUCUUCCGAAUGUUCGACCGCAACACCCGGCGGGACAUCACGCUGGAGGCGUCGCGGGAGAGCAGCAAGCCGCGGGCCACGCUGAAGCCACGCAAGGUGUCGACGGGCGGCAAGCGGAAGAAGGACGAGAUCAGCGUGGACAGCCUGGACUUCAACAAGAAGAUCCUGCACACGGCCUGGCAUCCCAAAGAGAACGUGAUCGCUGUGGCCGCCACCAACAACUUGUACAUUUUCCAGGACAAGAUCAACUAGAAGACAAGGAGGGCUUUCGGCGUACCUGUUGUAGUUCAGCCUACUACGUGUCUAUCUGUAUAAGAACAAAAAGCAAAACGGCCUCGUCGUCCUCCCGGUGAAGAAUUUUCUAAAGCACGCAUCUACUUUUUCGGAGGCCGAUCGGCAGGUCUGUUUUAUUUUGAGUCUAAGCUUAGGUUGUUUUUGCCUUACGGCAUCAGGGCAAUCACCACAGACCCUCCCUCCCUCGCCCCCCCUACCGACCCGACCCAGACAGCCCAAUCUGGGUCCAAUUGACGGAACGGGCUCUCUCCCCUAGAGGUCAAACUCUUGAACGUCGGUGUUUGUGUUGACAUUUUUAGCCUUCGUUUCACAAUUUUAAAGGCUCAGAAGCCCCCCCCGCCCCCAAGAAGCGACGUUCCGUCAAAAGUCAUACCACCAUUUGAAGGUUUCCGUGCCCUCAAGAGAGGAUUAGGGGCUGGGGGAAAAAGCCACCAAACUGCAACAUUCCCUCCCUCCUGUCGGCCUUGAAUCUGCUGGUGGAAGUGGCCGUCAAUCUGGAGAGUGGACUAUUUUUUUCUUUCUUUCUUGCCCUCCUCGUACUUAACCCACCCCCCCCACCCAUCAAUACAGUGACCUGAUUUCACUGACUGUAUCUACUCAAGUACACCUUGUCAUCCACAUAAUAAAAUGAAACUAAAACGACAGAUGUGUUUUUAAAUUUAAAGAUAUGUAUAUUGCUUUGCAUGUUUUUAUGUUGUAGAGAGGUGGAACAUGUCCAGUCGCACCACUGUCUUUUUUUGGAGGGGAGCAGAUCUGAAGCAAAUCAUGCUUAUUGAACUACUAUUUGGGGCUAACAGUUCCGCAACCACUGUUGGACAUAACUAAUAAUGUGUGCAUGCGUGUCUGUGAGAGCGAAUGCGUGAGUGCAUAUUAAAACGGUAUUGAUUUUUGAGUGCUUUUGUGGGCCGGUAAAGCACACGGCACAAGACAGACAAAGGGAAUCUGCAGCCUUAAUUCCCACUUUCUAUGAGUGACAGCUCCAAGUUCUGCCCCACCCUGGCCCGAACCUCAUGUGCAUUAUUUGUAAUUCCUUUUUUCUAGAGUGAUGUCCUCAUACGCCGCUGCUACGUGUAGCUGUCUACGGAAACAUUGCACACAUACACACAAACACUGGUGAUGAGUGCCUCCCAAUCUUUAGGUAAGAAUAUUGACAGCCCACAUCCGUGUCCUUACUAAUUUGGGAUGUUCCUCCAAACGCGUCACCAAACCCAUAGAUGUGAAUGCAGACAUUGUUACAAGUACACACAGGCGAAACACACAAUGCAUUGUCUUUGUCCGUUGAUUCCUAACAUGGUGACAAUGUAUUCACUUGUUUAUUAUUUUGACCAAAGUUCAAUAAAAUUUUAAUUGUGUUCAUCCGUUUUGGGAAAUUUCCUUUCACUUAACUCAAAGAGCCAGGUUUCUCACUUUUAUUGAACAUCUCAGACCAUGUUUGUGCAUCACAUUUUUAAAUCAUCACAGCAAAAUUUGGAGUGAUGUAAUCACAGUAUAGUAAUGAUCCCCUGGAUACAAAUGAUAAAAUAGUAAUACCUUGUAGUUUACAAUUUACCAACUCUGAUCAAGUGAUUCAAUGCAAAGACGUACAACGGAUGAAGCAGCAGAAAACCGGCAUCGGACGCUGACAAGUCCGAGAGCAUCACGGAGGUGCAAGGCGGGCGUUUCAGUCACAUCAUAGCCCACAGUCGAUUUUU